CCAUUUCAAUUCAUCAAUACAAACACAUCUCUCUAUUCACAAAGCACAACUAUCAAUUAUCAUAUUCGCCGGAAAGUUUUCAUCGGAAAAUUUCGAAAAUGUCGUGGCAAACUUACGUCGAUGAGCACCUUAUGUGCGAUAUUGAGGGCAACCACCUCACCUCUGCCGCCAUCCUCGGCCUCGACGGCAGCGUCUGGGCCCAGAGCUCCGCCUUCCCCCAGUUAAAAGCAGGAGAAGUUUCUGCAAUCAUGAAGGAUUUUGAUGAACCUGGGUCUCUUGCUCCAACUGGGCUCCACCUUGGUGGCGCAAAAUACAUGGUGAUUCAAGGCGAGCCAGGGGCUGUUGUUCGUGGAAAGAAGGGACCUGGUGGCAUUUGCAUUAAGAAGACUAGCCAGUGCUUGCUGUUUGGAUUAUAUGAUGAGCCAAUGACUCCAGGGCAGUGCAACAUGGUUGUUGAAAGGCUUGGUGAUUAUUUGGUUGAUCAGGGCUUUUAGUCAUUUUCAGCUAUCAAUUCAAGAUUCUGGUUUUCUUCUGCAGAUGAUGAAGUAGUAGUAGUAGAUAUAAUUCCCCCCUGGGUUCAAGGUGUAUUACCCUUGUGUUUUUUCCCCUCCUGGAAGGGUGAUUUGAUGAUAUAAUUAUUUUGAUUCGUUUUUUUAUUUUUUAUAAUUGGAUGUUUUGGAUUUGACUGCUGCACUGCUGCAGUUCUUUAAUAUAUGAAUUUAUGAUUUUUAUCUAA